AUGGCUUUGGCCUCUUUCACAGUCCCAUCGACCUAUAGAACUACCCUCAACGUCAUGGCUGUGUCCUCCGAGCCGUCUGGCGCAAUCGGACCUGGAUCGAAGAGGGGAGGACAAUUUCUCCGCCUCUUGACCGGCGUCCAAAAUGCCUCUGCCUUGGUUUUCUCCGUCUUCCUCACGGUCCACCUCGCCUCCCCGCUCGCUGCAGCCGUCGGUGGCAUAAAGCUAGCUGGCAAGACAAUGCUGAUCGGCCGAGACCUCUAUCUCCCUCUCGAGCCUAUACUCAUCUACGCCCCCCUCGCCCUCCACCUCUCCGCCUCAAUAACCAAGCGGGCCUACCUCACCCUCCGCACCCGCCGCCUCCCAGCACUCACCAUCCACCUCAUCACAGGCUAUCUCCUCAUCCCCUUCCUCCUGCCCCAUAUCGUCUCACAUCGACUCGUUCCCCAAACCCCCUCUCCACCGAUCUCUUCCCUCUCACCCUCAGAGUUCGGCCUCGAAUUCGUCGCGUACUCGCUCUACACCCGACCCAUCACUUCCUUCUUUGCCUAUCUGGGGCUAGUGGGUCUGGCGGUCCCCCAUGCGGUAUUGGGAAGUAUGAAGAUUGUUUCGUGGAUCCGGCGUUUGAGGGCGGGGACCGAGCCGGUGGGAGUGCAGGAAACGCCGAGGCGGACGGCGGCGGGCAUACCGAAGGGACGGAGAAGGAGUGCGGGGUGGCUACUGUUUGGGUUGCUGGAUGUGGUGCUGGUGGGUUUGGUGAGGCUGUAUUGGGAGGGGGCGCACGUCAGUGGGUUCAUGGCGAGGCGGUAUGAGGAGGUGUUUGCCAAGACAGCGCGGCUGGGCUUUGGCUUGAGAUGA